UUUUGAAAUAAUUUAAUGAUUUUUAAGACAAUUAUUCGUCGUUUUUGUAGUUUUGGAUCAAAUGAGUUGAGAUGUAAUGAAAACAUUGUAUUCAUUGAUAAACUUUUUAAUCGAAAUUCAAAACAAAUUUCGAUAUUCAAAGAAACGGUGAAAACACGUGAAUUGAAAUUUCUUGAGAAGUUGUUUACCACUAAUGGAUAUCAACUGCGUAUGACCGGCGGUGCAGUUCGGGAUCUAUUGUCAGGUUUGCCACCGAAAGACUUUGAUUUGGCCACUAAUGCAACGCCGGAUCAGAUGAAUAACAUAAUUAGAAAUGAAGCAAAUAUAUGGGUUUUGAAAUUUUCUUCCGGUCACCGAAACGGAACAGUUUUUACUCGUGUUUAUGACAAACAUAACUAUGAAAUAACUUCUUUACACAAAUGGACGGAUGAAAGGCCCGGAAAACCAAUUUUUCUUAACGACUGGAGAUUAGAUGCUUUAGUCAGAGAUUUUACUAUAAAUGCAAUGUAUUUAUCAUUUGAUGGACAACUAUUUGAUUAUGUCGGCGGUCUUAACGAUCUCAACAAUAAUGUGAUCCGUUUUGUUGCCGGCGCUGAGUCUCCUAUACGUCAAAACGUUAUCACAAUAUUUAGAUACUUUAGAUUUCAUUGUCUUUACAGUCCUAAUGCUGGACAUGAAUCACAAGUGUUGACAACAAUUAGAGACAAUUUGCCGGUUUUGAGGCAAACGAGUGGACAAAGAAUAUGGACUGAAAUGAAAAAAAUUUUGGUUUUGAAAGACUGCAAACAUGUAAUAAAUAUAAUGUUUAGUGAAUUAGAAAUGGGAUCUUAUUUAGGAUUUACAUCAGCGCCUAAUUUAAUUGAAUUCAAUGAAGUUGUCGAUCGACUUGUCAGUGGUGUCCUCUCAAGAUAUAUUACUGAUUGGGAUCCGUGUACUCUAUUCGCUGCAUUGAUUCAUUCAGAGACUGAUCUGAAGACUGUUUCCAAACGUUUGGAGAUUUCAACACAAGAAAAACGUCUUAUUUCUGAUAUAAUAAAAAAUCGCAAAAUAUUUCCACAAAAAGAUAUAACAGAUUUGAGAUUACAAAUGGUUUUGGCCGCCGAAGACAGACAACAUAUUCUUAAAAAAUCUUUUACAGAAUGUUUUAAUUAUUGCGGACUUUUCAUGCAAUCAUAUAUUAUAUCAAAUCAAGAUUUACCGAAAUUUCCAUUCACUGGUCAUUUGUUUUUCGGAAGAGUAAAUAAAAAAACACUUUUAAGUCAAACUUUGAUUGAUUUGAAAACAUUUUGGUUUAAACGUCACUUUAAAUGCACUCAAAAUGAAUUAGAAGUAGAAUUGGAAAGACUUUUACAAUUAAAAGAACUCAAAAAAGAGUAA